AUGCCCUCCAUCACUACUUCUCUCGUCACUAAAUCGGUGCCGCGUCUUCGUGUACAUAUAAUUGGCCUCGGAAGUAUCGGAUCAUUUGCUGCACAUGCUGUGUCUGAAAUUCCAAAUGGACCUUUGGUGACUCUCCUUUUGCAUCAGAGAUCUUCUCCGAACCUACCGCUACAUCUGACCACACCCCAGACCAAGAAUUCAACUGUUACAGAGGAAAUUGAACGUCUAAUUGUCUGCGUCAAAACAACGCAGGCUGUAUCCGCCCUACGCCCACUCGUCCCCUGCUUAAGCCAUGCUUCCAACAUUCUCUUUCUUCAAAACGGAUCUGGGAUGAUUGAGGAGGUCAACAAGCAUCUGUUCCCAGAUCCCUUGUCCAGACCAAACUAUUUGAUUGGUGUUAUCUCUCACGGAGUGACACUCAAUUCCCCAUUCAACAUCACCCGGAUUCAACUCGAGAAACUAGCUGUUAAUGCUUUCUGCAACCUAAUCUGUGCCUUAAAUGACGCCCAGAAUAAAUUCUUGUUCACUGUACCGGAAAUGCGGCGAGCAAUCCUGACUGAGAUCUCAGAGAUUGUCCUCUCCCUACCCAAGUUGAAAGACGUACCAGGAUUGAAAGAAAGGUUCUCGGUGGGCCGAUUGGAGCAGACGGUCCAUGGAAUCAUUGAAAAUACGGCGAACACCACUUGCUCCAUGGUCUGGGGUCUCAGAUCAGAACGAGAAACUGAAAUUUAUUUUAUCAACGGGAGCUGGAGUCGGAUGGAUCGGAUGCUUGGUGUUAGGACACCGGUUAAUGAUGAGCUUGUUGAGAAGAUCUUGGAGAGAACCGAGCUCAGGACAGAUUUGAACAAUCCUAUACAUUCACCGAGCUAA